GAACAUCGCAUUUCAAAAGUCAGUGCGUAAAAUCCUCAUUAUUUUGUUUUGAAGUUAUUGUUCAAUUUAAUGCAAAAAAAACGAGAAGUUUCAGUUAAUUACUUCCAAACAUCCAACCUUCAAAUACUUGCUUAAUGGAUGCGGACGUUAUUCAGAAGCAAGCCCUUGCCGUUGAUCCACCGGACGAGUACUUUGAUCCCGAUCUGCAGCCUGAAACCGGAGAGCAAUAUCUUCAGAAGGUCAUCUACGAGCGAAAACACUGUCCGGCCGUCGUAGUUGCAAAGUCGAGUCCCAAACGGCGUCACAACCAUUUGCAACAAGAGAUCAGGAGUUUGACCGGAAGCGGGGCCAUUCCUAUGGAUCUUGUUAAAAAUGUUGCGCCACGGACGCUGAUGCCCACAAAGGAAUGGGAAUCGAUUCAGAACAAAAAGUUUGCCGAGUUACGCGACACAAUCACCGGCUACCGUAACGGAGCGCAUUAUCAGGAGAACCUGCAAAAAACGCACAUCUAUUUGAACUUUGAAAACCGGAAGCAGCUGCGCGAUUACUGUGCCAAGAAUCAGCCGUUCGUGCGAAUUCUGCUCAGCAUACCGCAGCGAAAUUUGGAAGUGUUGCUCGAAUACCUAAACGAGUGGCUCCAGGAGGAACGCAGCGAGGAGGUCUCGGUGGAGGAAAGGAUCUACCGCAAGGACUGGAUCACGCAGUGGGUCUACGCCAUCCUGGCCUGCAUCAUCACCCCGCUGGAGCCGUACGUGCAUAGUGUGCUGCGAGACAUUGCCAAGAUGUGUAUCGCCAUGCGGAACGAUCUGGGCGCCGAGGACGAAUUGAAGGUACUGCCACUGAACUUACUGAUCUGUAUUAUUUCGAAGAAUUUCAAUCAACUCGACCUAGGCGAUAACGCGGAGGGAUAAGAAGGGAGGGACAGCGAAAUUAUGAGUUUUUUUAUAUUGACAUUUUUUACAUUUUUUUGGAAUAGAUUUAGUAUAGUAACGUUAAAGUAAAA